GCGGUCUCAGCACCAGGCAAAAGCAUCACGAGAGAGAAGCGUGACGGUCUCGCAUUGGGUUUAACUUCAACAAUUAAUAUGAAAAAAUCUGAUGAUCUGAAUGAAUUCAAUGAAGAUGAGGGUAAUGAGUUAGAAGGCCUUUUCUCUUUGGAUGAAGAACAGCCCAUGGUUGUUGCGGGUAAAAUGCCAAAACGCUAUAACUGUGAUUACGAGAGCGAUGCAGAGAAUGAGUCAAAUGAGCAUCGAUCUGAUGGGAUAAGUGCCAACGAACAAGCGGAAGAUGUAAUUAGGGGUGGCAUUAUGCAAGCGGGUGCAUUAGCAUAUGGCACAUCACUUCCAGUCACCAUUCCGGCCGGCAGGUUCUGGCCACCGAAGGAUGCAGUUGACAGUAUCAAAGAGGACGGUCUCUUGAGCUCUGAUGAUGAAAACACUGAAGGCCGAGUCAAAACAUUAUUACCGCAACGUAUCCACAAAGAUCUCUAUCGUGAAAUACAAGCACAAGCGCGUUCCAUCCAGGCUGCUGAUGAUCCAGAACGUAUAUUCGGUGAACGACCUCAACGUCGACGAUAUCAAACGGGUGAAUCAAGUCCUGUAACACCACGUGCGUUAGCUCCCCAUGCACCACAUGAGAACGCAGUUGUGAUUGUAGCGGCGAGUGUUAGUUCGCAUACCUAA